AUUCAAGAUGGCGGAGCUCGGGGCUUCGUUGACAGAUAUGAAAUGGCUGCAUGAAUUGUCCGUUGGAGGGGCUAUGGCAGGAGGAAACGCUAAUAAAGAUGGAAAUCAGAUUUCGAAAGCUCACGGGGGUCAAGUGCCAAUGAGAAAAGCCCCGAAUUCACCCUUAGACACGAGUGCAACCCUCGAUAAAGAAGAAGCGUCGAAUCACAGAGAUGGAAAACCCCCUUACAGUUACGCUAAUCUAAUAACAUUUGCCAUAAACAGUUCGAAAAACAAGAAAAUGACGUUAAGUGAGAUAUAUCAGUGGAUUUGUAAUGAGUUUCCCUACUACAAAGAUGCAGGAAACGGCUGGAAGAAUUCAAUACGACACAAUUUAUCUCUGAACAAAUGUUUUCUAAAAGUACCAAGAUCAAAAGAUGACCCUGGAAAGGGGUCAUAUUGGGCCAUAGACAAUAAUCCGCCGGAUGAUUCCUUGCCAUCUAGACACAAGAAGCGGAAGCUGAUCGGGGAAUUUGCAACAUCACCCUAUAGUCCGGAGUCUGGCUUGAACCUGAACAACUCCAACAGUCUAAGUAACCCCCCUCUUUCAUCAGUCACUGUCCAGGUGUCCCCUGUUCAAGCCCAGCCAGCAAAUCAGAUUCAGAUCCAGAUGCCAACCCAGCACACCCAGCAGCCUGGAAACUCGUUUAUUGACAACAACAUAGGAAUCGACGAUCUCAGUGCUUCAUUUAGAACCAUUUACAAGAACAUGUUUGAAACCAAUCCAGCAGGACCCGCCCCCAGUUUACCAGGCACAGACUGGUUACAGAAUGUAGAGACAUUAAAAGAGAGUCUGAGAUUGGCGGGCUCUGGCAGCAUAGAUCUGAACAGUGUGGACAUGGCGCAGUUUCAAGGUCUGAUGGACACGAUGAAGAAUGCUGACCAGGCGAAUUGGUGCCUGAACCAGGAGCAGUUUGCUGACCUGGCCUCCUCCCUCAGCACAUUCUUCAACCAGUCAGGCCUCGUACCCUCCAUCACCCCUCCCACCACCACAACCAACACUGGUUAUUCAUCAACAAGUGCAAGCACUUUGACCACAUUGAGCAACAACACAUCACAUUUAACAGUCCCCCAAUCUUCCAUCAGCCCCUCCCUGAGUCCCACAUCAACAGUAGGUGGAUUCAGUCCACAGCCAACCCAGAAUGUCAUUGUUCAACCCACACAAACUGCUUCAUACAUCCUAAAUGAUGUGGAAGAUGACGACGAGGAAUUCAACUGGGAGCGGAUUCUAUAGUCAUCCACCAGCAGCAAAACCCAUCAUCAUCAUCAUCAUCCAUCAUUGUGGCAACUAUGUAUUGUCCAAGCACACCAGUUGAAUUAUGUGAUGAAAGUUGAGUGGUUUCGAAUGUUGCGGAUUGUGUUUUGCAUAAGAGUUAUAUAUCAUGUUUGGAAGAUUAUUAUUUUUCUGAAUCAGAAAGAACAAAAAAUGCUUAUAUAUGUAUAUGAAUUGUUAUGUAGUUUUCAUGACAACAAAACCUCCUUGUUGGCAUGCAGUGUAGUGAAUACUCAUCAUUGCAUUCAAAUGUGGCAAUGUUCUGUAUAUUUCUUAUAUAUAUGAAGAGAUCUAUCAUAAAUCCCUUAUUUAUUUUCCUGUGAUUCACAAAAUGCUGAUUUUUUCUGUCAAAUCCACUUACAGUAUUAUUAUCUUGUUUUGCUGGGGGAUUUUUCAUAGAUUUAUGGGUGAAUUUAUUUUAUUUUUUUUUGGGGGGGGGGGGGGGUCGAAAUUAUCAUUUUUUCUCUUGAAAACCAGUAUAAAAAAUAAAUCCAGUUAUGUUGAUAAGAGACAAUCAAGCGACAGUGUGAAUAACCAUGGGGUGGUUCUGUUGUGUAAAAAAAAACAAAAAUCAACUUUCACUUUCACUUUGUUUUCAUGACGGUUUUGCUUUUAGCUUCUUUAUCUUUGUAGAAAAGAACCUGUGCACUAUACUAUAAUGUAAUGAUUACUAACUUCAUUAUCUCAUUGGAUGCUGAUGGCAAUAUUGUUAUUUUAUAUAUGAUUAUUAUAUUUUUGAGAGUUGUUGUUAGACUGUUUUAUAUAUUGUUUGAUGCAGGGUGACUCUUUUUUUUUGUUUAUUUCUUUCCCUAUGUGUAUCUGCUGUUGAUUUACUGUAUUUAUUUGAUGUAUUGAACUGCAGGCUCAGAUUCUCCUAGUCUUUAGAGGUUUGAAAUUGCAAUUUUAAGUAAUAAAAACUGUCUUUGAAAAUUAUGAAACCCCAAAAAUUGUUGAAAAUCAAGGGUAGAUGUACUUUUACUCUACAGGAACAUUGAAUUUGUUUUCUUUCUUCUUUUAAUUAUUCUUUUUUUUCCCAGCAAGUAAAAUGAUGAAAAAUCAUAAUUAUACAUUAGUAAAUAUCUUAUGUAAUUUUCUAACAAUCAUGCAAAGAAUAAAACCUUGAAUUGUUUUGUAAAGUGUACAUUAUCAUAUUUUGAUAAAAAAAAUUUUUAUACGUUAUAUAUUGAUUUAAUGCUGGUCAUAUGUUGAAUGUUUACCCUAAAUUAGAACAAUACAGCAAUAAUCCUUCAUUUCAGAUUAAAGUAUUCUCAUUUUCAUUGAUCCAAUCUACACACUCAAUAAAUAUGUACAUGUAUUAUUCCUGCUUUUAAUCAAUUGUAAUAUUUACAAAACCAUUUGGUUCAAGCAGUAACAUGGAGUAUUACUUUGUAUAAGAAAACAAACAAUUACGUAUGGAAGUGAAUUUCUUCAGAUGAAUUGAUAGAUAGAUUUGACAUUGAUAUGUACAUUUAUUUGUAAAUUAAAUUAGUGCUAUUAGGUUUACCUCUAUAUUUGCUCAUUAGUUAUUAUAAUGUGACUUCACUUGCUCAGAGUAUCAAUGCUACCUUUUAUUUUAAUAUUUUUUUCUUGUUUUCUUUCUUUUAUGUGCAUUGUGUAACAUACUGUUGCUAGCAUUAUAAAAUGGGCAUGUAAUUGCACAAACAAUCUAUUGCUCUCUCUCUCUCUCUCUAUUCAGAUCUAUUUUGAGCAAAAGGUGAAAUCAAAAUUCCCUUCUUUCAAGUUUAAGCUUGUUUUAUAGAAUUGUAUUCAUUUUUAUUAAAGAAUCGGACAUAUUAUUGUGCUGUGUGCUUAGGAAAGAAAGGGAAAGGUUUUCAUGUUUGUAUGAAUGACAGAUGAUUUCUUUUAGUGAAGUAGAAAUUAAUGACAAAAAUGUGCAAUUUGUGGUGUGACUUCAAAUCUAUGUUUACAUGUGUAAAUAACAAAUCUGCUUGCUGGUUGUUUUUGUAUGGAAUGUUUUGUGCAUCUAUCUGACAUAUAAUCUGACAGUUGUACACAUUUGUUGCUUUCUUAGGAAAAAUGCAUGUUUAGUUAGAAUUUGAGCGAGUUGGCAGCUUAGAAGUAACCGAUCAGAUAAGAGAAUUGGUCAUGAAUUUGUGUAUUGUUUAUUUUUGGUAUUGUAGCACCUGAAUGUGCUUCAAAUUUGAGGAUGACAGAAAUUGAAUGUUUGCUGUAUUUACAUAAGAUUUGUAAAUUUUGUUACUAUUUUUUCCCCCAGAAAAGCUAUUUAUAGGAUCGCCUUUGAUAUAUAAAGGAACUAUUUUCCUAUCUUUCUGUAUGGAAUGUUCUAUGUGUAGAAUGUCCGUUUAUUGCUUUUUUAAAGGCACUUUUAUUCAGGUUUAUGGCCGUCCAUAUCAUAUAUUUUUCUCUGAAAUGCAACAUGUAUUUGCAGUGUUUGCAAAACUGCAUGUCACGUGUCUUAAGUUCUUUUUAUGGAACGUUUAUGUUUGUGCUCUAAUUAAUAAACCAUUUCUUGAGAAUUGAAAAAUGCAAAUUUAUUUGAAAAAGGUUUUUUUUUCUCCUUUGAUUGAAAUUAAGGUGUUAUAUAGUAUAAAUCUUUUACUGGUUUCGAAAUGUGAUACAAGUAAUCCUAUUAUGUGUGAGAAUUAUGUUGGUUUUCUUUUUAAAUCUUGAAUACAUGUACAUGUACAUAUGAAAAGAAAAUACUUUUAUGCAUAGAUAUUAAUAUUUAAAUCUAUGAAGUAGUUUUUCUGCUUUGUAAAUUGGGAGAUGCUUUAUUUAUUCAUAGCAAACAAAAUACAUUUAUUUACAAUACAAUUUUUCUUUAUUUGCAGUGUGUUUCCUUCCUUGACCAAUAAUAUUUUUUUUUAUAAUGUCAGAAGUUUUGGAUAUGAUUUUAAAAGACUAUGCAUUCUUGGAGAUGAUUUUAUCAAUAUCCCUUAGUUGUUAUAAGAUGAAGACAAGUUUUCAUGUUUGCCACCUGAAUCAAGUUUACACAUUCAUUGUAUGUUGUGCAUGUCGGAGUGUUUUAAGGGAUAGAGUAGUUCUAUUCUUAUAUGGCAAAUGAGUUGUCAUUGCAACUUUCAUCAAUAAAAUUGUUGAAUAUCAAG